AUGCAGUUAAUACAACCCAGUUCCAAAGCAGACAUCAGCAUGCGUUGUGAGACUGAAUUGUUCUCUACACAGGCCGCCAGAAUGAAGGUCGCCGCUCUGCUGUGUUUCGCUGCCGCUGUGGCCGCUGCCUCCGCCAUGCCCCCGGUGGGAGGGCCAGCGCCGCCCUCGCCCCCUAGCCCUGAAAUGAUCGCCGCCUUCAUCCCGACGCCCGAGGAGAUCCAGGCCCUCAGCGCCCUCCACACCACGCCUGCCCCGGGAGUCGUUCUUCCCGCCCCCGUGGGACCUCCCACCAUGCCCCCUGCCGUUGCAAGCCUUGUUGCAAAGUACAAGGCUGCUGUUGCUGCUUUAGCCUCUUCGACAUCAGCAUCUACCUAAUACCCCCCAAGAACUUCGGGAUAUCCACUUAUAUGUCUAGUCUGUGGUAGAAAUUAAAAGGUAUUUCGUUGCCCUGGAGUAAUGUACUAACUUCAGAAGCAAUAUAUCUUCAUUAUUUGA